AUGUCUCUCGUCUCUUCUCUCUGUCUCAUCCUCCUCUUCCUCCUUCUCCUUCUCCUUCUCUUUCUCCUUCUCGGUGGUCCCCAAUCAAAGUCAAGGCUGUACUAUGUGCGCCUGCUCUUCCUCUUCUUCAUCCUCCUAGGACCCGCCGACAUUCAACCUUUCCACAUUCGACAUUUCCACAUUACUACCAUCAUGCAUUCCACAACCUUCUUCUCCGCAGCAACCGCACUACUAUUGCUAUCUCUUACCGGCAAUACCUCUGCAGCACUCUUUUGCACGUUACCUGACCCCUACCAUCUCAAGACAUACGGUAAUACGAAGUGUGAUUCUUGGCAAGCGGGCUUGACUCAACGGACCUGCCAGCACUCACCGCGGCGAAAAAUCGUUCUCUCCAAAUUGUUACUAUUACAAAUAAUUCCCCUCAUCCCUAGAGCUAGGAAGGUUCUCUCGCCGGGCUGCGUGGAAGAGUUGAUGGAGAAAAUAAAGAGAGAGGGAGGGAGGGAGGGAGUGGUCCUUCGAGAAGAAGAAGAUGACGAUGAUGAUGAUGAUGAUGGGCACUCUUGA